AACGAAAAUGUUAAGUAAGAGGCUGGGAAAGAAUUACUGGGGUCAGAGAGGCUCAAACUCUCGACCUCCGAAUAACUCAGCGAAGCUAAGAGAAUGAGGCCCAUGCACUAGCCAAUUGCGCCAUCACCCCUUGAUUUUCGGCCAAGGCAUGACCUACAACAUUUUUAGUCAGUGUUAGAGGGCAGCGAUGUAAGCACAGGCGAAAAGCCAUUUGGUUGAUUUGGUUGUCAAGGUUUUGACUGUGAUUCUCGUUAACAUCGGCAUCCUAAAAUUGCUCCAAGAAAACACCUCUCUCUGUCUCUUUCUUUGUUUUUCUUCUUCGGACAACCUUCCGCUUUCUUAGUUCUUCUCUUCCUCAUCUUGUUCCAAUACUCUCAAAUCAAUUUCACAAUAAAAUCUGCAUUCUAAAAGAUUCCAGUAUGAUGGCUAAUGGUAAUUGGCACCUGACUUGAUGUUGCAUGGAGCAGAAAAUCCUCGAUGGUAAGAAGUGCAACAUGCUUCUGUCAUACAGAAGUUGCAUACAGAUGGUUUAGUUUCCUUCGUCAACCAGUUUUACUCAUGCUGACGCAACUAGUUGUUUGAAAUGGAAGACGGGCUAAAUAUGAAUCCAGGCGGAAAACAAAGUGGUUUAGUAACUAACACAAAUGCUAAAAGUAAUAAUGACAUGAUGACUCGCCGUCUAAAGAACAGAGAACGGCAGCGUAGAUAUAGGGCCAGAAAGCGACUUGAAGCAGAUUUGCAGAAGUCUCAUGUCCUAAGCCAACCAACUAUACCAAAAGUGGAGUUGCAAUUAAAUGGGAUCCUUAACAAUGGGACAAUGCGUGUUUAUUGUAAACGGGAUUGGAAAAAAGAUGCUAGAAGUGCUCACAUUCGCAAGGGUCAAGAAGACACACUCAAUGCUUCUGUUCAGUCUACUCUUAUCAAAACUGCCGAAAGCCAAACACCAUGCUUGCCCUCUGGGAUAAGGGCAGAAGGAUUCCUAGAAAGAGAAUGCCAUUCUGAGAAUUCCCAGAACCUGGGGAACUGUGAAACUAGGAAACUUAAGCUUGGUCGGAGAGACUGGAAAGCAGAUGCAAGAAAUAAGAAGAGUUAAGUCAGUUGCAAACAAGUUGUUUUGUGAAAUGAAUGUAUAAUAGGUACAAAAUUAAUGCUGGAUAGCAAAUGUCCGUGUGAUUGUUGAAGAUCCUGAAAUUGUAAUGACUAGAAGAAUUUAUGAUGUGUUAAGUCGUUUGUUGCGGCAUCUAGGAAGAGCUUUUGUUGCCAGGUUUUGUGAACUUUACAACUUUUUCAAUUUCAGAUGCAGAACAGAGUAUAUAUGUGACAUUAACAUUUAGAUCGUUGCUUUCUCGUCCUGUGUGAUUGAUCAUUGCGGGGCUGAUUAAGUGUAAGACUUUGCCUUACUUGAAAGAUAUUAAACAAGGAUAUGCCUAGAGUUUCCUUACCUGCACCUUGGACAUGCAAUUGAAGUCCUUGUUGGAAAUUCCAUUUUAAUACAUCUGUUCAGCCUUAGAUCAAGGAAAUUCCAAUGAAUUCGUUCAACUAAAAAAGGAAUGCAUUAUAAGUCAAAAAAACGAAAGGACUUCGUGAUUCGUAAAUCAUAAUGUUAUCACAAAUUAAGGACAUUUUUACAUAUGCACUUCAACAGAAACAAUUGACAUAUUUUUCAGGGGCUAGUGAUUAGCUGUUAAAUCUGUUGUAGAAGUAGCAUAUUUCCAAACCUAGAUUGAGGAAAACUUGGUGAUAAUCAUGAAGAGGAAGCGGGUCAUUCAUACUAAUGAGUCGACAAACAUUGAAUGCCAAAGUUGUCUGACUUAAUUUGCUUGCCUUGAGAGGACCAUUAGUGAUUAGACAACUUGGGUUUGUUGGUCAUGAAGGUA